AUGAAAGACUUGGGUCGACUGAAAUACUUCCUUGGGAUUGAAGUUCUAAGAUCAAAGCAAGGGAUCUUUAUGUGUCAAAAGAAGUACAUUCUUGAUUUACGAACGGAAAUCGGUAUGCUUGAUUGCAAACCAGCGGAUACUCCAAUGAUUGAAAAUCAGAAGCUUUAUAUGGAGGAAAAAACGGAGCUAGCCGACAAAGAGAGAUACCAACGAAUGGUGGGAAAAUUAAUAUACCUCUCACACACGCGACCUGAUAUAGCAUAUGCUAUAGGAGUCAUUAGCCAGUUUAUGCAUCAACCCCAAAGUGCUCAUAUGGAUGUUGUCUUACGAAUUAUAAGAUACCUCAAGGGGAUGAGUGGUCAUGGAGUCUUGUUUAUACCAAAUGGGCAUCUCGAGACUCAAGUAUACACCGAUGCAGACUGGGUAGGAGAUAAAGGCAGCCGAAGAUCUACCUCAAGUUACUUUACCUUAGUUGGUGGAAAUCUCGUUACUUGGAGAAGCAAAAAACAAACGGUGGUGGCCCUUUCUAGUGCUGAAGCUGAGUUAAGGGGGAUAGCAAGGGGUUAA